AUGGACAAAAGCUGGAUGACUGAGCCCAAUAGACUUCGAUCACCUGCUUAUGCUGCAGGCGUUAACAAUUUUCUUGAGAUGGCGCAAAACCAUGCUAGGGGAAGUGAUCGCAUUCGGUGUCCAUGUCGAAUAUGUUCUAAUAAUCUCUUCCUGCCUUUAUUUACCGUAGAGAGUCACUUGUUCAUAAAUGGGAUCGAUCUGAACUACACUGAAUGGAUUUUCCAUGGUGAGGAGGAAACCCGAAAUUUCGAUGUGGACGAUGAAGAAGUUGCUGUUAGUGAUGAAGAUGAAUUCAUCGAUGAUAUGGACAAUAUGUUAGACGACAUAUUGGCUGGGACAAACGUCGAUGUUCCCGAAAGCAGCACUCCAUUGCCGAGCCGGGAUUCAUUUCCUGAAGCAUUACCAGUGUCAUCGUUUGACGAGCUAUUAGAGGAUACUCGACGUCCACUUUUCGGCGGUUGUACAAAAUUCUCUAAACUUUCGUUCAUUGUGAAAUUGUUACACAUAAAAACCCUUGGUGGCUGGUCAAUCAAGUCAUUUGAUAUGCUCCUUAACUUGUUGAAGUCUGCUUUUCCGGAUGCUGAAUUGCCACUCUCAUAUGAAGAUGCUCGUUCAUUGGAGCGAGGUUUGGGCUUCAAGUACAACAAAAUUCAUGCCUGCCCCAAUGACUACAUCUUAUAUUGGAAGGAAUAUUCAGAACUAAAUUCAUGCCCUAUAUGUAAGGCCUCAAGGUGGAUGUCAACUACAAAUGGGAACCGGAUGAUCCCUCAUAAGGUGUUGUGGCAUUUUCCUUUAAAGCCAAGAUUACAGCGGCUUUUCCUGUCUACAAAGAUAGCAGCUGAAAUGAGAUGGCAUAAAGAGAAGCGAUUGACAGAUGAGAAUUUUCUGCGUCAUCCCUCUGACUCUAAGUCUUGGAAGGCUUUUGACGAGGCACAUAGUUGGUUCGCUAACGAUCCUUGCAAUGUUAGGCUUGGUUUGGCAAGUGAUGGUUUCAAUCCCUUCAACAAUAUGGCUAAGCCUUACAGCAUAUGGCCAGUGAUCCUUGUACCAUAUAACUUGCCAUCGUGGUUAUGCAUGAAAGACCAAUUCUUUAUGACAUCCCUCAUUAUUCCUGGCCCAAAAUCACCGGGGAAUGACAUCGAUGUUUAUUUGCAGCCAUUGCUCGAUGAAUUGCUUGAACUUUGGGAACAUGGGGUACCUACGUAUGAUUCCUCCACCAAGGAAACGUUCAUGCUGGAUGCCACUUUAUUGUGGACAAUCAAUGACUUUCCUGCCUAUGGGAACCUUUCCGGUUGGUCAACAAAAGGAAAAUUUGCAUGUCCAUGUUGCAAUGAGAAUACAGAUUCUAAUUGGUUGAAGUAUGGCCGGAAACACUGUUAUAUGGGACAUCGGCGUUUCCUCCCGCAAAACCACAUUUGGAGGAAGAAGAAGUUAUUGUUUAAUGGUAAUGAAGAUCAUCGCAUUCCACCAAUGCUGUUAGGGGGAGCAGAUAUUUUAAGUCAGCUACAGAUGCUUGGGGAUGUACCAUUUGGAAAAUCUAUUAGGAAGAGAAAAUGGACUGCCGUAGAGUUGAACUGGACGAAGCACAUCAUAUUUUUCAAGUUACCUUAUUGGUCAACACUACUACUUCGACAUAAUUUAGAUGCCAUGCAUAUUGAGAAGAAUAUAUGCGAUAACAUCUUCGGCACUUUAUUGAAUAUUCCUGGGAAAACAAAGGAUAAUAUAAACUCUAGACGUGAUCUGGAGUUGUUAGGGUUAAGAAAUGAAUUGCAUUUGAAGGUUGAAGGGCAGAAAAUUACCAUGCCUCAUGCAUUGUACACGUUACACGGAGAUGAAAGGAAGACAUUUUGUUCUUGGAUGACCAAUGUUAAAUUUCCAGAUGGGUUUGCAUCCAAUAUCUCCCGUUGUGUUUCUGUACAUGAUUGCAAAAUCUCUGGCUUGAAAAGCCAUGACUGCCAUGUUUUCUUGCAGCGCUUACUGCCUAUUGCUGUCGGCGGGUACUUAAGGAGUGAUAUCGCCUUAGCGUUGACUGAACUAAGCACUUUCUUCAAAGAGUUGUGUGCGAGAACACUAGAUAUCAAUCGCCUGUCCCAGCUUGAAACUGAUGUUGUAAGCAUCCUGGAGCACUACGCGAAAUGUCAGGUGAACAACCAAAAUUCCAUUGAUCGAACACAUCAACAUGAGUUUCCAGCGUGGUUCAAGAAACGUGUUCAAGACCAGCGAGCUAGCAACCCACUUGGGGUCUCUGCCGAUCUAUAUGUGUUAGCUUGUGGUCCUGACAAUUGGGUGGGAUCGUAUGCUGCUUGCAUAAUAAAUGGGAAAAGGUUCCAUACAAAGCAGUGCGAACUUCGGCGACGAACACAAAAUUCGGGUGUGGUGGUAACUGGGGACCAACAGUCUAAUAAUGUGGACUUCUAUGGUGUUAUCAAUGAUGUCGUGGAGUUACACUACAUGGGAGGGCGUCGAGUGUACUUGUUCUCUUGUGAUUGGUUUGAUGUUGGCGAUAAGAAAUGGGGUGUAUGA